UACAGUAUAGUUUUAGCCUUUUUAUGUACAGUUUUCUUUAAUGUGUCCUUCAAAGAUCUAAACCAUUAUCCAUUCAUAUUCAAAACAAAUCAAAUUCCAUUUUCUCAACCGAGAAAAGAAAAAGAAAGAUCUCAGCUUUCUUCUUCUUCUUCUUCUGAUCAGUAAUUUUUCUGUCCUCAAUGGAAUCACACACCGACGGGAACCCAUUUUCCGGCGAGCUGGCCGGGGAAGAAGACGAUAGCGGGGAGUUUAGCGAGGAGCGGAGCAGUCUUUUGGAGCUUCAACUCUCAUCGAAUUCAUCAGAUCAUUCAACGAACAAACCAAGAAUUUUCUCAUGUAAUUAUUGCCAAAGAAAAUUCUUCAGCUCCCAAGCAUUAGGAGGCCAUCAAAAUGCCCACAAGAGAGAAAGAACUUUAGCCAAACGAGUUCAGAAAUUCGAUUGGGCGGCGGCGGCGAUUCCACUCCACGGCGGCGCGUUUGAUCGACGGUCGUCGUCGUCGUUGGGACUUCACGCUCACUCUCAACAAAUACAAAAGCCACCUACUGUUGGGUUGUUUUUUGGUGGGGCAGCAGCACCCAGUGGUUCUCAGUUGUGGCCAAGGCCAAUGUUUAUGGGGCAGCAACCGGCGGUGGGGCGGUUGACGGCCGAGCUUGGUGGCCGGAAUUUUGGAAGAUAUGAUGACGUGGCUGAGUGGACGGCGAUUGGAACCUCAAACGCCGGUAAUAAUAAUAACAGUAAUAUUGUUCAUUCUCAAACGAAACAGGAAAAGGAUCAGAACAAUUUCUUAGAUUUAUCUCUUAAACUCUAACUUCAAAACAAAUUAUUAUUAUUGUUGUUACUAUUAUUAUGAUUAUUGUAAUUCAGUUUAUCCUAAUUGUUAGGUUAAUUAAAUUGUUCUUUUUAACUUCAUAUAUGAAGUUGUGUUUGUUUAAUUAGUGGUAUAUUUAUGAAUUUAUUUAGUGAAAAAACUACAUUAUUAGACUGUUUAGAACUACGGAUUUUGGAGUUUUACAUUAUUGUUGGAUCUGGGAAAUUAAUAGUUCCAAAUGUAUUUAA